GAGGAGGCCUCAGCAGCAGACAGAAGUGGCCAGAGAGGCCCAGGGGACAGUCAGGGACAGGCAGACAUGCAGCCAGGGCUCCAGGGUCUGGACACGGGCUGCCAGGCCCUGUGACAGGAGGACCCCGAGCCCCCGGCCCGGGGAGGGGCCAUGGUGCUGCCUGUCCAACAUGUCAGCCGAGGUGCGGCUGAGGCGGCUCCAGCAGCUGGUGUUGGACCCCGGCUUCCUGGGGCUGGAGCCCCUGCUCGACCUUCUCCUGGGCGUCCACCAGGAGCUGGGUGCCUCCGAACUGGCCCAGGACAAGUACGUGGCCGACUUCUUGCAGUGGGCGGAGCCCAUCGUGGUGAGGCUUAAGGAGGUCCGACUGCACAGGGACGACUUCGAGAUUCUGAAGGUGAUCGGACGCGGGGCGUUCAGUGAGGUAGCGGUGGUGAAGAUGAAGCAGACGGGCCAGGUGUACGCCAUGAAGAUCAUGAACAAGUGGGACAUGCUGAAAAGGGGCGAGGUGUCGUGCUUCCGUGAGGAGAGGGACGUGUUGGUGAAUGGGGACCGGCGGUGGAUCACGCAGCUGCACUUCGCCUUCCAGGAUGAGAACUACCUGUACCUGGUCAUGGAGUAUUACGUGGGUGGGGACCUGCUGACACUGCUGAGCAAGUUUGGGGAGCGGAUUCCGGCCGAGAUGGCGCGCUUCUACCUGGCGGAGAUUGUCAUGGCCAUAGACUCGGUGCACCGGCUCGGCUACGUGCACAGGGACAUCAAACCUGACAACAUCCUGCUGGACCGCUGUGGCCACAUCCGCCUGGCCGACUUCGGCUCCUGUCUCAAGUUGCAGGCAGAUGGAACGGUGCGGUCACUGGUGGCUGUGGGCACCCCAGACUACCUGUCCCCCGAGAUCCUGCAGGCUGUGGGCGGUGGGCCUGGGACAGGCAGCUACGGGCCCGAGUGUGACUGGUGGGCGCUGGGUGUGUUCGCCUAUGAAAUGUUCUAUGGGCAGACGCCCUUCUACGCGGAUUCCACGGCGGAGACCUACGGCAAGAUCGUCCACUACAAGGAGCACCUCUCUCUGCCGCUGACAGAUGAAGGGGUCCCUGAGGAGGCUCAAGACCUCAUCCUGCGUCUGCUGUGUCCCCCGGAGACACGGCUGGGCCGCGGUGGAGCAGGCGACUUCCGGACACAUCCCUUCUUCUUUGGCCUCGACUGGGAUGGUCUCCGAGACAGCAUGCCCCCCUUUACACCGGAUUUCGAAGGUGCCACCGACACAUGCAACUUCGACUUGGUGGAGGACGGGCUCACUGCCAUGGUGAGCGGGGGCGGGGAGACGCUGUCAGACAUUCGGGAAGGUGCGCCGCUGGGGGUCCACCUGCCUUUCGUGGGCUACUCCUACUCCUGCAUGGCCCUCAGGGACAGUGAGGUCCCAGGCCCCACACCCAUGGAACUGGAGGCCGAGCAGCUGCUUGAGCCACGCGUGCAAGUGCCUAGCCUGGAGUCCUCAGUGUCCCCACGGGAUGAAACAGCUGAAGUGGCAGUUCCAGCGGCUAUCCCUGUGGCAGAGGCUGAGGCCGAGGUGACGCUGCGGGAGCUCCAGGAGGCCCUGGAGGAAGAGGUGCUCACCCGGCAGAGCCUGAGCCGGGAGAUGGAGGCCAUCCGCUUGGCCAACCAGAACUUUGCCAGUCAACUACACGAGGCAGAGGCUCGGAACCGGGACCUAGAGGCGCACGUACGGCAGUUACAGGAGCGGAUGGAAUUGCUGCAGGCAGAGGGAGCCACAGCUGUCACGGGGGUCCCCAGUCCCCGGGCCACGGAUCCACCUUCCCAUCUAGAUGGCCCCCCGGCCGUGGCUCUGGGCCAGUGCCCGCUGGUGGGGCCAGGCCCCAUGCACCGCCGCCACCUGCUGCUCCCUGCCAGGGUCCCUAGGCCUGGCCUAUCGGAGGCGCUUUCCCUGCUCCUGUUCGCCGUUGCUCUGUCUCGUGCCGCCGCCCUGGGCUGCGCUGGGUUGGUGGCCCACGUCGGCCAACUCACCGCAGUCUGGCGCCGCCCGGGAGCCGCUCGCGCUCCCUGAACCCUAGAACUGUCUUCGACUCCGGGGCCCCGUUGAAAGACUGAGCGCCCGGGGCACGGCAAAGAAGCCGCGCCCACCCUCUGCCAGUUCACACCGCUCCGAGCUUGGGUCUCCGCCCAGCUCCAGUCCUGUGAUCCGGGCCCGCCCCCUAGCGGCCGGGGAGGGAGGGGCCGGGUUCGCGGCCGGCGAACGGGGCUCGAGGGGGCCUUGUAGCCGGGAAUGCUGCUGCUGCUGCUGCUGCUGCUGCUGCUGCUGGUGGGGGGGGGGGAUCGCAGACGACUUCUUUCGGCCAGGCUGAGGCCCUGACGUGGAUGGGCAAACGGCAGGCCUGCGAAGGCAGCAAGCCGGGUCGUCCGUGUUCCACUUUCCACGCACCCUCACCUACCGUCGGUUCGCAAACUGCAAAUCCUGCCUUGUGCAUGACGCCCUGCUCUCUGGGGAGCGUCUGGCGCGACCUCUGCCCGCUUACUCUGGAAAUCUGCUUUUGCCAAACCCGCUUUUUCGGGGAUCCCGCGCCCCCCUCCUCACUUGCGCUGCUCUCGGAGCCCGAGCCGGCUCUGACCGGUUCGGCGGUUUGGAUAUUUAUUGACCUCGUCUUCCGACUCGCUGACAGGCUGCAGGACCCCCAACACCCCAAUCCACGUUUUGGAUGCACUGAGACCCCGAUCUUCCUUGGUAUUUAUUGUCUGUCACCACCUAGGACCCCACCCCCGACCCUCGUGAAUAAAUGGCCCUCCAUCUGC